AUGCCCCUUACAUUGGUGGUCAGUGUGAAGAAUGCCCCUUACAUUGGUGGUCAGUGGGAAGAAUUCCCCUUACAUUGGUGGUCAGUGGGAAGAAUUCUCCUUAUAUUGGUAAUCAUUGGGAAGAAUGCUCCUUACAUUGGUGGUCAGUGGGAAGAAUUCUCCUUACAUUGGUGGUCAGUGGGAAGAAUUCUCCUUACAUUGGUGGUCAGUGGGAAGAAUUCUCCUUAUAUUGGUAAUCAUUGGGAAGAAUGCUCCUUACAUUGGUGGUCAGUGGGAAGAAUGCUCCUUAUAUUGGAAAUCAUUGGGAAGAAUGCUCCUUACAUUGGUGGUCAGUGGGAAGAAUGCUCCUUAUAUUGGAAAUCAUUGGGAAGAAUGCUCCUUACAUCGGUGGUCAUGGGAAGAAUGUCCCUAACAUUGAAGUGGUCAGUGGGAAGAAUGUUCCCUACAUUGGAGGUCAGUGGG